AUGUUCAGCUCUCAACAUAACCCUUCGCGACUUGCUGAGCGUUCCAAGGAUCGUCCCUUCGCUGCAUUCGAUCCCCCAUUUCUGGCUAAGCCUUCAGGCGAAUGCUGUCUGAAAGGCUCAAUCCACACAGGCAGACCGCAAGGAUCCUUCAUCACUUUAGCUGGCGUCGAGACGUACCUGGCCAGACCAACACCGGAGCAGAGCAACCGUCAUAUUCUGCUGUACUAUCCAGAUGUUUGGGGCAUGUUCACGAACGGCCUGCUUGUGAUGGAUGCCUUUGCUGAGCGUGGUUAUUUGACCAUUGGACUGGACUACUUCAGAGGCGAUCCAGUAUGGAAGCAUAGGCGGAAUCGAUCGGACACGACUUCCGAUCCUGGAUUCGACUACGAGGCCUGGAAGAGGAAACACACUGCCUUUGCAGACAGCGUUGUUCCCAAAUGGAUUUCUGCUGUGAAGGAGCAGUUUGGUACGACAAGUACAAGAUAUGCUUGCGUUGGCUACUGCUUUGGAGCGCCAUACGUAUGCAAGUCUCUGGCAUCUGUGGAUGGGAAUGAGCCUGUUUGCUCGGUGGGAGCUUUCGCCCAUCCUGCAUUCUUGAAAGAGCAUCACUUCAGGCAGCUAGAGCGACCACUUUUCUUAUCCUGUUCCGAAAUUGACCACACUUUCGAUACCGCGUCAAGGCGGCUCGCCCUGGAAAUCAUGCGCCAAGACGGUAAGAAGUACCAUCUUCAGCUGUUCUCUGGCGUUCAACAUGGCUUCGCCCUGAGGGGCGAUUUGGAGAAGCCAUACGAGCGCUGGGUGAAGGAGCAAAGCUUGGACGGCAUCGUGAGAUGGUUCGACUUUUGGUUUGGGGAAGAGUCUACCAGUGAGCCGCAUAAAGCGAAGAUGUAG